UGAGCACGUGAUCUCAAUGAAGGCGUAUAAACGGCGCCGUAAACAGUCACCAUGUCGUGUUGUUUGCUUUCACUAUCACUUUGUGAUUGAAAAAAAAAAAAACAAGGCGACGGAAGACAGCAUGACACUCUGUCUCUCCUCUCUCUCCUGUCUCUCCUCUCUCUCAGCACGGACACUUGUGUGUUUGUUUUUUUUCUGCUUUACUGUGAACGGUCACGCGGAAGCCGCUUCACCCAGCGCUGUAGAGGAGCUCGUACUGCCCAGAGCUCACGCGCGCGAGCGGUCAGGCUUAUCCGGGUUCGACCCUGGAGAUCCCGCUCCACAUUUCCGCGUAAAAACCCUAAACGGGGAGUUUGUUUAUCCUCUCACGGAGACGGGCAACUACUCCGUGAUAAUCCACGCGUUCACGAAUAAAUCCGCUUUCCUGGAAUGUCUCUGGACGUCCAAUUCCUCCUUGUCCGACCUGAUCGAGUUCCUUCCGGUCAGUGCUGAAGUUCUCAUCCUGUCUCUGGAUGAUUCUGCGGCUCGGGAUGUGCUGUGGAUGAGAGAGCAGGUGUACAGGGUCGCUUCCGCCAAAGGGCACAGGGGUAAAGAAAUUUUAUCCAGGAUUCAUUUCUGCCCCAUCCCUGUCUACGCCCUGGGGAACUGGAUACCCAGAGUGCUCUACUCGUGGGGAUGCGGUGGACACAACUGCGGUUUGGCACAAGCUGUGUUCACUAGUCCAGACUGGAACCUUCCGCUGAUCACCAAGCGCCUGAACGCCAGGUACGACUGGCUGAAUGGCCGCUGGGAAAAAGUGCAGUACGUUGUGGUCGGAGCGGGCGACGGCUGCGAGCCCUUCCCUGCAGCCGAGGGAGCCGUGGCCUGGGUUUCUGAAAGCGGCUGCUCGUUUUUCACGAAGAUUAAAGCCAUGGCAGAUUCCAAAGCAGUUGGAGUGCUGGUUUAUGCAUUACCUGGCAACCCAAUCCAGGAUAUGCAGUGUGCUGGAGAUGAGUGUAACACCACGCUGAAUAUUCCUGCUGCUAUGCUGCACUAUGAGCCCGCUGUAGCCCAGGCGCUGUCCUCAGGGAAACCGGUGAAUGUGACGUUCCAGGUCACUCCAUCACCCAACUUUUUCAUGGCCAUUGACCAGCAGGGGGCGCUGGCGGAAAUGGGCUGGUUCCUGUAUCCUACAUUCCGCUUCAUAAGCUGGCAGGCAGAAUGGUUUGACUUCAACGCUGACUUGCUGGAGCGAGUUAAACGUCCCGCUGCCGUCCUUCCUGUGUUCAAUAACACGCUGAUGCAUGGAGAAGCAGGAGCUCAGGCCGUGGUCCAGCUUCCCAAAGAUCUGUUGGGGUUUGAUGUGCUGGAGCUGGACGCAGCGUUGUCCUGUCCCGGCCGCAGGGACGAGACGUGUGCUCACUGGGAUCACACGGUGCAGCUGUUCAUCUGCUGCGAUCACUUCAGUCCUCACUGUAACAUGGAGCUCGGCCGCUGGAUCACCGCCUUCCGCAGAGGAACGGGUCGCUGGCUGACGGACGUGUCUCCUCUCCUCCCCCUGCUGAACAGCGAGCGCUGUGCUCUGGUCAUGAAGACGCCGCCGUGGGCCAUGCCCUGGAUCACGUCCCUCAACCUGCGCUUCAGCCACAGUAACCGCUCGGGAAACGUCUCGGAGAAGCUGUACCCCUUCAAGAUGAUGUUCCUGUAUGAGGGCGGAACCUUCGACAAGGAUUACAACUCCAGGUUUCAGGAGAUCAGGUUCACUGUUCCGCCUUCAACGAAAAAGGUAGAACUAUAUGCCGUGAUCACCGGCCACGGCAGCGACAAUAACAACUGCGGCGAAUUCUGCGUCACGUCGCACUUCUUCCUCGUCAACGGCAUCCACAACAAUUCGCUCACAUUCCACUCUCCUGAUUUGCCGCUGGGCUGCGCCAUGCGUGUGGGCGAGGGGGCGGUGCCUAACGAACACGGCACGUGGCUGUACGGUCGCGCCGGCUGGUGUGAUGGACUGCAGGUGGAUCCCUGGAGGGUCGAUCUCACACCACAGCUUGAUCUCAGCACUUCCAACACCAUCCUCUACUUUGGGCUCUACGAAGGCCGGAACCCCAGUCCGACGCGAGACCCAGGCUACAUCAUCAUCCUCCUGAGCAGUCCUGAAGGCGUGGUCCUUUCCACCAGUUCCUGAAAAUGUUUUUAAGGUUGUUACGCUCCUUCUUAAGGAUGCCACCAAAUCUGACGAUAUUAAUCUGUGGAGGGUUCGUUGGCUUUGUCUUGGUG